ACUAACCGAGCACACGGUCCAUCUGCCUGCUUGGUUAUUCAUGUUGAGCCGGUGCUGAGAGCAGCCUCUGCAGUUUGCGCUGCACAGUCAGCAUGGCUCUCAACAUCCCAGGACUGAUUGCUACCAUCGUCUUCUACCUGCUAGUGCUUGGGAUCGGCAUCUGGGCGUCCAUCAAAUCCAAGAGGGAUGAAAACCAGACGCAGGCUAACCAUGCAGACAUGGCUCUGCUUGGAAACAGGAAGAUCAGCUUAGUAGUCGGCAUCUUCACCACUACAGCCACCUGGGUCGGAGGGACCUUCAUCAUCGGUACUGCUGAGACGGUUUACGACCCAAAGCUGGGACUGAUUUGGGCCGUGAUGCCGUUAGCGGCAACGGUGGCCUUCGUUCUUGGUGGCCUUUUCUUCGCUGAACCGAUGAGGGACAAGAAGUACGUGACCAUGAUGGAUCCUUUCCAGAUCAAGUAUGGAAACGGGCUGAGUGGACUUUUGUCUGUGGCGCCGCUGAUGUCAGAAAUUAUCUGGGUGACAUCGACACUGAUAAGCUUAGGUGUAACUAUGAGUGUGAUCCUGGAUUUGUCCUACGCUGUUUGCAUCUGGAUCUCUGCAGCCGUCGCCAUCACCUACACUCUGCUGGGGGGUCUCUACUCGGUGGCCUACACCGACAUCAUUCAGCUCACUCUCAUUUUCAUCACCUCUUGGCUGUGUGUCCCUUUCCUGUUCAUGAGCCCGGCAUCGGUUGACAUCACCACCACAUCCUUCAACCACACCUUCCAGCCUCCCUGGGUCGGCAGUCUGACCGCAGACAGAGCCUGGAUGUGGAUCGAUGUCUUUCUACUGCUGAGUGUUGGAGAUCUGGGUUUCCAGGAUUUCCACCAGAGGACGUUAUCAGCGUCCUCAUCAGCCACGGCGAAGCUUCGAUGCUACGCUGCAGCCUUUCUCAUUCCAACAUUUGGGAUUCCUCCUGUACUCAUCGGAGCCGUGGCUGCAUCAACAGACUGGAACCAGACUUCAUACGGAUCUCCGCCUCCGUUUGAACGAGGCCAAACAGGUCUGAUUUUACCUCUCGCUCUGACCCACCUGACUCCACCGUACAUCUCCGUCAUUGGCAUCGGUGCUGUGGCCGCCGCCGUGAUGUCAUCAACUGACUCCGCCCUCCUGUCUUCAGCCUCCAUCUUCUCCUCCAAUAUCUACAAGAAGAACCUAAGGACCAAGGCCUCAGAGAACGAGAUGCGCUGGGUGAUCCGUAUCGCCGUGGUCUUGUUUGGACUGGCCGGGACGUCGCUGACCUUCCUGCACACCGGCGUCGUGGCGUUCUGGGUCCUGGGAGGAGAAAUCGCCUACAUCCUGAUGUUCCCUCAGCUGGUCUGUGUGCUCUUCUUCAACGUCUCCAACGGUUACGGAGCCGCUUCGGGCUUUCUGGUCGGGUUUUUCUUCAGACUUUUGUGCGGAGAGCCAUUGCUAGCAUUACCGCCUGCCAUCCACUUCCCAGGAUGCACCCUCGAGGACGGAGUUUACGUUCAGUAUUCUCCCAUCAGGACCAUCUGCAUGCUGAUCGUUUUUGCCACCAUACUGGGCGUUUCCUUCUUGGCAUCAUUCCUCUUCAACAAAGGACUGAUACCAGAGAAGUGGGAUGUAUUUAAAAUUAAAAACCACGUUUCACCUCAAACACAGACUCCAACAGAUGACACCAAGAGACAUGAAAACUCAGAGACUCAGUGUGAGAAUGGAGGAGUCUCAGAUCCAAUGUUGGAAUCAACAUGUUGAACAUCAAACUGUAUCAGUACUAGGACACGAAACAUGGAACUACCUCUCCGGACAACACAUACAUCAUGUAGAUUUAGCUGAAAAUAGAUAUUUAAGAUGAUGAAACAGUAGAUCAAAUGUUUCUCUUGAGGAGGAAAGUAGGUCUUGUAAAAAGAAAUGAAGAAAAAUAUUUGGUGAAAAAGAUGUCUGAUACCUGGUCAUUUCAGUGGCCAUGAGAGCUCAACUUAUAAUAAGAAUAAGAACAAGAAGACUUUAUUUCUAUAGCAAGUGUUAAAACUGGUGUCAGAAAGUGAAUUGCAAAACAUUAGAAUACACAGAGCAUUAGAUAAAACUGUUAAAUGCAAUGGACUGCAUAGUGAUGUGGUGGUUAGCACUUUGGCCUUGCAGCUAGAAGAUCCCCAGUUUGCGUUCCGGCCUUGCUCGGAUCUUUCUACAUGGAGUUUGCAUGUUCUUCCUGUGCAUGCGUGGGUUUUCUGUGGGUACUCCGACUUCCUCCCACAGUCCAAAAACAUGCUGAGUUUAACUGGUGAUUCUAAACUGUCUGUAGGUGUGAAUGUGAGUGUGAUGGUUUGUUUCUAUGUCUAGCCCUGCGAUAGAUUGGUGAUCUGUCCAUGGUGUCCCUUGCCUUCAUCCGAAGUCUGCUGGGAUGCGCGAAAUUUGUUUUAACGUCGCAAACGCCACACGUUGGAAUGAUGGAACAAGACUUUUUUUAAUAACUUUAUGGGAGAUGGCGACGUAACCACGAAACGCCAUAGGUCGAUGAUGACGUAAAGCGAAGACCUGCUGUAAACUAAAUAUAACCAGAUACAGAAACAAACGGUCCUGGGUGUGGAGCAUUCGUUCAUUCCAGCUGUCAGCUUUUUAUCAUUGGUAGCUAUGUGUUCUCACCCAACCCUGACACAAAGAACCGCUGCUUUAUUAGAACUUUGUCAAAGAAAGCUGCUACUUAAAGAAUAAUUUUAAUUCAUUCACACUCCCACCUGCAUCUGCUUACCCAGUUAUUUCCCUCAGUACUUUUACUUCCGAUUCAUCACGCAGCCAGGUUGUUUUUGAGUUUCCUACCUUUGCGGUCCAGCACUUUUUGUCUUAUCCUGUUUUUCCUGUAAUCCUCCCCUCUUCUCAUUUCUUAGUUUCUACAACCUUGAUUCUUCUUUUUAUUUCUUAGUCGGAAUAUGAGGAGAAAGAAGUUGAAAGCAACAGGCCUUUAACAAAAUAAGACCUCCUUGCAGCAUCAGUUAAACAUAAUGUGUAGCACAUCUGUCCAUUUUGUUGUUGCAAAAUUUGGUACACAAAGUGGUAAAAUGUGAUAAGAACAUCCAAAUUAUGUGGGGGUUUUUUACACAAAAAUGGUAGUAAAUUGAGGAACAUAUGUUAUGAUUAACUGAUGUAUUUUUUCUACACAUUUCUCAGUCCUGCUGCUGACAUUGUGAAUUCCAGCUAUGUUGCACCUCUUUUAGGUGCAGAAAAGACUACUGCAACGGAGUUAAACACCCUGCAUCCUUGCUCAUAGCUUCUCUCUCAGAUUUGUAGGAUUUGAAAUGUUUGAUCGAUUUCCAGUUCCACAUAAAAAGUCAGAGGAGAAGGACAGAGGAGAUGAGAAGACAGCUAAAAACCUUCAAAAUCCAAAUCCUACUAAACAUACAGAGAACAUGAAGACAGUGUUGUGUGGUGUUGUUUUAAAGAGGCAAAAGGUACACAGAGGAUAUUAGAUUAGGGCCAUGUUGUCCCUAAAGUGACUCCUGAUUGGCUGUUGGGCUGUACCUGGCCACUGUAUUCAUUGGUGAGUAAUCUGACUUUUAUUUUCUAGAUAAAUCAAUCAGUUAUGUGGUCUAAUAACUGUCAGAAAAUGGUGGAAAAUGUUGAUCAGUGUUUUACAAAACUUCAGAUAACAUCCUCAAAUGUCAGAUUUUCCGAUUACUGUCAAAUAGGAGGAAAUAAACCAGAAAAUAUCACAAUUAAAUUGCUGGAAUCAGAGAA